UCACAAAUAUUCAGGAUGCUGAAAACACCAGACAUGCUCCUUCUCUUCUUCUGUCUUGUCGGGGCAGUGGAUUCUCUGCACAAACAAUGGAUUCCUGACACCAACUAUGAGAAUAAGACCAACUGGGACAAACAGGCUGUUCCAUGUGGCAACGACAUUGUUCAGUUUCCAUCCCAGAGAAGAGUGUCCGUGUUCGUGGAGACCACGCAUGCUGUCCAGGAGAUGAAGCUGCCGGUUGAUGGAGAGUUCAUCCUGAAUUCAGGAGCUGGAUUUUAUGUUGUGAGCGGAAAAGAUCCAGGCUGCGGCGCUGGUGUCACGACCCAGUUCAGAGAUUCAGAGUCCCCUCAGUGGUUCAACCCGGCUCUGUGGCAGGCAGCUGCAACCUUGGAAGACCUGCAGCGUGGAGACUUCUUAUUCUCAGUGCACGAUGAGGGUGUCCCUUGCCAGUAUGAUGAUGUGGUUUUUAAAGCCCGCUCCUCUUUCGGGGUGGACACCAGCUCCAGUCAGUCGAGCAUUCCUGUCAAAUCAGUGUCUGUGCUGGGGGAAAAGUUUGACCGCCAAUCUGAGUUCUCCAAGUAUCUCAGCUCACGUUCAGGCCAGCUGCAGUUUCGAGGCUCCUCCGUCGUCACCGUUGGAAACCAAGAGUGUGGAGAUCCUUCUGGCUGCGACUGUGGGAAUUCUGUUCACCAUCAGCGGAUAUGUAGCACUGUAACGUGUGCCUCUCUGAGCUGUAAGAAGCCUCUCCUCCCUGUCGGACACUGCUGUAGCGUUUGUGGUGCCAUUAUCACCAUUCACUAUGCCGCAGGUUUCAACCUGCAAACUUACAGGCAACGAGUCCAUCAACUAUUUCUUACCUUGCCAAAAUACAAAUCCAUUCAGCUGGGCAUGUCUAAAGUCUUCAAGUCACAGCGGUUGAUGGGGGUCAUCCCUUUUGGUACCACCCCUGAGAUCCAGGUGGUGGCCGUGGAAGGAGAGAAGGGAUCGCAGUCCGAGGGUUUGGCCUGGGACGUAAUAAAUGAUGCCCGUUCUCAUGGCUUCAACCUGGGAAUCACUGGGGCUGAUUUCCAAGCCUCCUCUGGGAGCAGCAGUGAUCAGACUGGAGGAAGUGCUGGGAUGGUGGUUGGAGUUGUGUUUGGAGUUUUUAUUAUGAUUACACUCAUCAUCAUCGUGGUGGUCCUGAUUCGUAAGGGGGUUGUUCAAAUCCCAUCGUCCCUGCCGUCACUGCCGUUGCUGCCGUCGCUGUGGUCUCUGGGCAGCUUUGACAGAAGCAGCAAUGGUGCAGACCUUGACGGGCCUAUUGACCACAGCUUUGAUAAUCCCAUUUUUGACAAGCCCAACAUGCUGCCUGAUGUUCUUGGCCUGUACGCGUCUGAAACUAAUCAUUCAAUCUCCAUGUCUAAGACAGGUGUGCACUUUGUAAAUCCAGUUUAUGACGAGAAUGAAACUGAUUUUAAUGCCUGAAGUUGACUGCAGUGGACUUUAAGGAGGUUAAUGAUUUCCAAAGUACUUUUGUAUUAACUUAAUGAUUUUACAGACCCUUCAUGAAGAAUACAUCCUC